AUGGACGGUGACAGUAUUGAUCCGGAGAGACCAGCACGGUCAAUCGCAAUCAUCGGCGUCGGCCAGGUCGGGUCUGCUGCUGCAUACUCCCUCAUCCUUGGCUCCGUCGCCAGCGACCUCUUCCUCGUUGAUAACCGCUCAGAAUGGCGCGAUGGCCAGGUGCGAGAUCUCUCUGACGUGGCGUACGCGAUCGGCAGUAGGACUCGCGUGCGCGCCGCAACACACCAGGAGGCCAGGCAGUGUGAUAUCAUUGUUAUAACAGCCGGUUCGAAAUACUUCUAUGGCCAAACCAGCCUCGACUACUUGUACCGCAACGCCGGCAUUCUAGGGGGAAUAGUGAACGAGAUGAAACCAUUCCAGAAAGAUACAAUCCUGCUGGUUGUUGCAAACCCCGUGGACCUGCUCACGUCGCUUGCUAAGGAGCUGUCUGGACUUCCGGCCUCGCAGGUAUUUGGUUCUGGCACGUUUCCCGACUCCGUGCGGCUUCGCGGUAUGGUGGCGGACCAGGCUGGGGUUGCAGCAAAUUCACUCGACCUCUAUGUCUUAGGCGUCCAUGGAGAUACCCAGGUAACCGCGUGGUCCUCCGCCGCAGUGGGCGGCAUCCCACUAAAGAAAGCCCUGCCACCUGGCAAGCUUAUAAAAGAGAAAGAUCUGGAGAACGAAUGCAAGAACCGGUCACGAAGUAUCAUCCGUGCCAAAGGCGCGACUCCAUUUGGAAUCGGGACGAUUGUGUCUAGCAUCUGUGCCUCGAUUCUGUUUGAUAAGCAUAAUAUCCGGCCGGUCAGCCACUUCCAGCCGGAGUAUGGGUGCUGCUUCAGUUAUCCGGCUGUUCUCGGGAGAACUGGGAUUGUUCAUACGGUUCAUAUGCCGCUGAGUAUGGAUGAGGAGCAGAGGGUUACUGAGUCGGUGACGGCGAUGAAGGAGAAGCUUGAUAAGGUGAAGGGGCUGGCUAUGUAG